UCGCGUUAUGAUUGGUCAGGUCGCAUGUCAAUCAAACCCCCGUGGGCAGCAGGGCACUGUGAAUUGAAACGUCACGUUUGAAUUUGAUAUACCAAAUCAAAUGCAUUUAUUUAAUAUACAACAAUUCAGCUUAGGCCUAUCAGGCGAUGGCUGUCUGCGCCUUAUUAGAAUAUAGCCUGCGCAUCAACCAAUCAAUCGCCUCCACUCUUCACUUCAUUCUAGACUAUUCUUAAAAUUGCCACGCAAAAACAGUCUUCGACAGCUAAAAAGGUCAUCUUUAAAAAAUAAAUGUGCGAGUGGGGCUCAAAAAAUGAAUUUUUUAAAAGCUAAACAGCAGAGGAAACAUGAGCUACUCAGUAAAAUCCCAAAACUAUCGGGUUAUUUUACUAAAGCUGAUGAUCACGGAGUGGUGGAUGUUGGAGCUGAUGAUAAAGACACAGCGUCAUCAUCGACCCCACCAAUUUCAGGUAACGUUAACUGUUAAGUUUGAUUAUUAACUUGAUGGUUGUAUGAUAUUGCUUUUUGUGUUUGAUCAAACUAUUCGCCUAAUGGGCUGGCAGUGGCGAUAGUGCUAAUGUGUCCGGUAGAAAUAUGUCAAUUGUGCUGCGCCAUCAUCAUGAUGUAAGUUUAUAAUUUAAACACGUAUUUAAGCAUUGUGGUAUAGAUACAAAUUAUUUUAAACUGCUCAGGCACAAUAAGCAGCAGGAGAGGAUUAAUUUUGUAAAUGCUCGUUUUGAUACCAUGGUGAACUUGAGACGGUUUUGCACAGCGAUUGGUCUUAAAGUGACAGAAGCUGAUAACAGAAGCACAGCUCUUCGUAUUUUCUUGACUUUGCCUGUGACUAACGCCAGUGGAGAGCGUUCUUUUUCCAACUGUCUUUGGUCAAAACCGUCUUCGUUCAUGCAUGUUACAAGGGAGACUGAACCAUCUUACUUUGAUGUCCCUGGAAAAUGACAUUCUCCGAUCCCUUGACUUCAGUGACAUUAUCAAGGACUUCUCUUUCCGCAAAAGCAGGAAACAUUUUUUUUAAGUUGGUGACCUAAAGUGGUGGGGGGGGGCCUGCAGUAACUCAUAGCCCCGGGGCCCAGUGAGCUCUUAAUGCGGCCCUGGCUGUCACAACUCUGUCCAGGAAGUUGGAAAACUUUUGACAGGAUGGAUAGAGUCCUGACACAUCUUUACUAAGAGCCAAUGCACAUGCAAGAUCUUAAACACGUUCCAUACUUGAUUAAAACUGCAGCUUUCCUAAAAAACAAAAACACAUUAAUUUUCCAAUAAACAGCCAAUUGAUUAGCUCCACAAAUUGUAUAAAUGUAAAGACAUUUUGAAAUUACAAAACCUUUCAUUAAAGAGGAAAAGAACUGGAAACAUCCAAACAUGUCAAACAACUGUACAAUUUUUUUUUAAUAAUCAAAAGACAGAAAUAACCCAAAUCACUGAGGGUUACCCAGCGGCUACCCUCAACCUGGUUAAGCCGGCAUGUCGAGCCUUUGCCCGGGGUGUGGCCGCUGCUGAUAGCCACAGAUGAGAGCUGACAGGUGGGGACCAAGUGUGAGGUGCCCUGAGACAGGGCACGACAAGCCCCUCAUCAGAGGUGCUACACUUCCUCAUAAACCCCACCUCAUCUUGCCUCAGUUAAACAGUGUUCAUGAUUCAACAAUAAGAUAGAGACUGAGCAAAAGUGUCUCACAUUUGCCCAGAAAAAAUCUUAAACAUCCAUGCAUGGGCAAAUAUUUUCACCUUAACUUUAUUUAUUUAGCGAUUUUCUACUAUUUGAAUUGUUACAAAGCCGCUGGUUGAACUAUAAAAAAUCCAAGAUUUCGAGAAUAAAGUCGAAAUAUUUCGGGAAUGAAGUCGAAAUAUUUCGAGGAUAACUCGUCGUUAUACAUAUUUUGUUUACGUGAAUGUUGUAGUUUAAGAGUUUAAGUUAUGUUUAAGCACGUCAUCUUAACCAGUGAGUACGUUCUUAGUUCUACGGAAGGCCUUGCAAACACCAGCAUUCAUUCAAAUGUUUAAUUAAAAACUCUUUAGAUCAUAUUUGUACAUUUUUAUUAGUCCUUAAGGAUAAUAAGAGUAUUAAAGCCACAAAUGCAAUCACAAGUUAAUCAAGCAUUGUUUUUUUUAUAUUUCAAUGUUUGUAUUCUUUUUUAAUAUUUCAAUUUUUGCUUCAGUUUAUCAUAUGAAUCCAUAUGCCUCAACGCGUUGGGACCCGGCUGAAGUACUGGCGACGUCGCAGAGAUAAACAGCAUAUCCUCUUCGAAUAGCAGGCAGAUGUAACCACCUAUAUCCUUGGGUCGACCACUGGUCGCUAUUCCAGUCUGAACAAAAGAGUCUCCUCCUGUUAUGUUCUUCUAUAAAAAUCGCCACUGAAAAUGGAUAUUCUUCAUUUUAUUCACCUCCUGACCAAAGAUGGAUCUUUACAUAAUCGCCGUUGUCCUUUUUUCUCUUUUUGAUGGAGGACAUUCGAUCAAAUGUUAUCAGUGUACAGAUGUGACGGGUCCUUGUGUAGGCGCAGAGACGGAGUGUCCCGCUCUACUUACUGCAUGUGCAAGUGCUACAGUAGUUGGAUAUAUUGGCAACAAUGUGGUGACCACUAAGGUUAAGAGUUGUAAUUCGCCACUGACCUGUGGAAAUGGAUCUGUUAAUUAUGGGAUUGCAAGAGAAACAAUAUCUAUGAAGUGCUGUAACACAGACCUCUGUAAUUCCCAAGAUGUCCCAGAUUCCAACACAAUCAUCCCCAAUGGAAAACAAUGUUACUACUGUGAUGGGAACAAUUGCUCAAACAAAUUAAAAUGUUUAGGAACUGAAGACUACUGCAUUAAAGCAAAAGCAAACUUUGACUCUCUGCCAGCGACUGUAAAAGGAUGCGUCAGUAAAUCUGUCUGCGAUAUUACAUCACUUGUGCCGGAGGGUUACGUGGACGUCUCAUGUUGUCAGGGGGAUCUGUGUAACAGUGCUAAAAGGUUCAAUCUGAACCUCCUCCUCCUCUCAUGGCCGUUCUUCUUCUACACAAUGUUCCACUUACUUUAGCAGAACUUCAAACUCUAGUCAAAUGUUUUAGAUUUUGUGGAUUGGCUAGUAAAACUUGGAGGGAAAGUUUUACUUUUAAACAUAAAACAGCUCAUUACUGCAACAAACGAGUGUGACAUAUUUUGUAUUAAAACACUUGUUUUCUUUGUAUUUUCUUUGGUGAUAUGCUUUUAAUGAAACAGAUAAUCUGGAAACAAAUUAAAUAAUAUCAUGGGUUUUAAAUCAGAAUUUUUAUUUAUUAAAGGUGUACAAUACUGUAUUAACAAAAUGUGAUGGUGAUA